GGCAUCGGGCGCACGACCGCCUUCACGCUGGCGCAGAACGGCAUCGACGCCUUGUCGCUCUUCGAUCUCGACCCCGCUCUUCUCCAACUCACCAAAGACCAACUCCAGGCCUCACGCCCCCAUGUCCUCGUGGAGACCACCGCCGGCGACGUUUCCAAGGAAGCAUGUGUCGAAGAAGCCGUCCGUCGCACCGUCGAUCGGUUCGGACGCAUCGACAUAUCCGUCCACUGCGCCGGAAUUAUAGGGAGUAUGGUCCCAACCCAUGAGCUGACGGUCCAGGACUGGCAGAAGGUCAUCGAUAUCAACCAGACCGGGGUGUUGCUCUGCGAGAAAGUGGUCAUCCGACAUAUGCUGACACAGGAAUCGCGCGGCUUUCGAGUCGGUCGGGGGACGAUCGUGAAUGUGGCUUCCAUGUUUGGGGUGGUUGUUCCGACCGGUGGGUCGGGAUUAAUGGCGUAUACGGCGGCGAAGCACGCUGUGGUGGCCAUCUCAAAAUUGGACGCCAAAGCGUAUAUCCAGCACGAAAUCCGCAUCAACGCCGUCUGUCCGGGAUAUACGGAUACCCGCAUGACCCGCACCUGGUAUGAAGGCGGCCACUUGGACCAAGAGUUGGAGCACCGAGCCGUCAUCGGUCGCCAGGCCCAGCCCGAGGAAAUCGGCGAUGUGAUACUCUUCCUGGCCUCCCCCAUGAGCAGUUACAUGGUUGGCUCGGCCCUGGUGGUGGACGGCGGCUAUACGGCUUAA